AUGUCUCAGCAAGUAGAGAACAACAGUGAUCUUUUAUUACGUUCCAUAGAAUCCAACACAAAUCGUUUACCUUUACGAAAACGAAUAGCACCUGUACUCAAAUGGCAACCUGUAGAGACACCUGAAGAACAUUAUAAACAAUACCCACUGGCAUCGAGUCAAUACCCUGUACAUUCUAUCUCUGAUGCUUCUGAUAAUGGGACUGAAUCAGACGAUACAAAAAAACUAUUCAAAGAAGAAGAACAACAGAGACCUAUAAAGAAAGUAAAAAGAGGCAGACCUCCUUUACAGAGAAAUCAACCUAGUGAAUCUUCCAUCUCAAGUACAUCUGGCACACCUACCACCAUGUUAUUACUACCGCAUGAUAAAACAACAAAACCUGAUAUUUCUGUAGAUAAAAAUACACUGUACUGUAUAUGUAAAAGCCCUUAUGAUGGUACUCGAUUCAUGAUUGCCUGUGAUAAAUGUGACCAAUGGUUUCAUGGGGAAUGUAUUGGUAUCAGUGAAAAACAAGGCGAAUUUAUUGACCUGUAUUUCUGUGAUAGUUGUGCUAAACUCACUGGAAAAAAGACAAUAUGGAAACCUAAAUGUGCUAAUCCAAACUGUAAUAAUGCAGCCAGGAUUGGUACGAAUCUAGGUCACCUCAGUAAAUAUUGUACAGAUGUUUGUGGCAUGCAAGUCGCACGUGCUCGUAUUGAACUGGCUGAAAUGAAAAAGACCAAAGUAGUAGAAGACCUAGACUAUCACUAUAACCCUCUCUCUCGAAGUAAACUAAGCAGCUAUGCUGAUCUCGAUGACCGAUCAAGGUUACUACGAGUCAAGGAUGAAAAACUACAAGCAAAAGCAGUAAUUGCAUUAGGCGAACUCAAAUCAAAGCUAUUGUCAUUUGCCAUCCAAAAAGAACAAGACAUGUGUGGAUUUGAUUCAAGACUUGCUUGGCCUGAUGUCUAUUGGGAAAAAGUGGAUCAAGUAGACCAAGACCAACUGUUGGAUAGUCAUCAACACCCGAUACAAAAACCCUAUACAAUCUGUCCAUCAAGUAAAAAGUGCAACAAACAUCUGAAUUGGCAAAAACUAAAAGCUUCUGAAUUGGAACAAGAAAGAUCUAAACAGUUUAUUAUUUUAACCAUGUUAGAAAGAGAACGACAACAAAUCAAGGCUCGUAUGAGAAAACGACGCGAAGAAGUAGACCUUGUACAAUUUCUUGAUAAUGGUACUCUUCAUCAUAAAUAA